CGGCGGAGGAGGGGGGGGUGGAGGCCUCGGCGGCGGCGGCGGCGGCAGGGCCGGAAAUGAUACAGUUGUUGCUGUGCAGCUGGAUGUUGCUGAAUAGUGUUUCUAUGAGCUUGCUGUUCAAUCUAUCUGUUGUUCAGAAUGGCAAAGAACCCUAAUUUUCAGGAAGUUGGUCAUCUGCCUACAGGCUACGUCCAUAGUAGAUCUUCAGACAGCUUUACUGGCUACCAAUAUCACCAUCCUUCCAAGAUGAGUAACAGCCAUCCGCUUCGUCCUUACACAGCUGUGGGUGAGAUUGACCAUGUUCACAUUCUGUCAGAGCAUAUUGGUGCUCUAAUGAACGGUGAAGAAUAUAGUGACGUUACCUUUAUUGUAGAAAAGAAACGUUUUCCGGCACACAGAGUGAUCCUGGCUGCUAGGUGCCAUUAUUUCAGAGCAUUAUUGUAUGGUGGAAUGAGAGAAUCUCAGCCUGAAGCAGAAAUUCCUCUUCAGGACACCACUGCAGAAGCAUUUACCAUGCUGUUGAAAUAUAUUUACACUGGUCGUGCUACACUACGAGAUGAGAAAGAGGAGGUUCUCCUGGACUUCCUAAGCCUAGCACAUAAAUAUGGAUUCCCAGAAUUGGAGGAUUCCACAUCUGAAUAUCUUUGCACAAUACUUAAUAUUCAGAAUGUCUGUAUGACAUUUGAUGUUGCCAGUCUUUAUUCUCUUCCCAAAUUAACUUGUAUGUGCUGUAUGUUCAUGGAUAGAAAUGCCCAGGAGGUGCUCUCCAGUGAAGGCUUCCUCUCGCUUUCUAAGGCUGCUCUUUUAAGUAUUGUACUGAGGGACUCAUUUGCAGCUCCUGAGAAGGACAUUUUCCAAGCUUUGAUGAAUUGGUGUAAACAUAACCCCAAGGAAAACCACGCUGAAAUCAUGCAAGCAGUACGUUUGCCACUAAUGAGUCUAACAGAACUACUAAAUGUUGUAAGACCUUCUGGAUUGUUGUCACCUGAUGCCAUUCUAGAUGCCAUUAAGAUUCGUUCUGAGAGUCGGGACAUGGACCUCAACUACAGGGGCAUGUUAAUACCAGGGGAAAAUAUUGCAACAAUGAAGUAUGGAGCUCAAGUUGUAAAAGGGGAGCUGAAGUCUGCUUUAUUAGAUGGGGAUACUCAAAACUAUGACUUGGAUCAUGGCUUCUCUCGACACCCGAUUGAUGAUGACUGCCGUUCUGGAAUUGAAAUUAAACUAGGCCAGCCAUCCAUCAUCAACCACAUACGAAUACUCCUGUGGGACAGAGACAGUCGGUCUUACUCCUACUACAUUGAGGUGUCCAUGGAUGAGUUAGACUGGAUUCGGGUUAUUGAUCACUCUAAAUACCUCUGUCGGUCCUGGCAGAACCUGUAUUUUCCUGCUCGUGUCUGCAGGUAUAUUCGAAUUGUUGGGACCCACAACACAGUGAACAAAGUUUUCCAUAUUGUGGCAUUUGAAUGCAUGUUCACAAACAAAACCUUUACACUGGAGAAAGGUCUGAUAGUUCCCACUGAAAAUGUUGCAACAAUUGCAGACUGUGCCAGUGUGAUUGAGGGUGUAAGUCGCAGUCGCAAUGCCUUAUUGAAUGGAGACACAAAAAACUAUGAUUGGGAUUCUGGAUACACGUGCCAUCAGCUUGGGAGUGGAGCUAUUGUAGUACAGCUAGCACAGCCCUACAUGAUUGGAUCAAUACGGUUGCUACUUUGGGACUGCGAUGAUCGGAGCUACAGCUACUACAUUGAAGUUUCAACGAAUCAGCAGCAGUGGACUAUGGUGGCCGAUCGCACAAAAAUUUCCUGCAAAUCCUGGCAAGCAAUCACUUUUGAUAAACAGCCUGCAUCUUUUAUCAGAAUAGUUGGAACUCACAACACAGCUAAUGAGGUGUUUCACUGUGUGCAUUUUGAGUGCCCAGCACAAAACACUACCCACAAGGAUGAGGGUAGUAAGGAAGUGACAACAGAGGUGGGGACUGGUGGACAACAGCUUGGUUCUCGCCCUGUUCGAGCUGCAAGCACUAGUUCCCUGCAUUCCACUCCUGGAUCCACUUCGCGUUCACAUGCUCACCAACCGUAAAGAAGAUUGAAAGGAGGCUUUUGCAGCCCCACUGACAUUAUAUGAAAUUAUUCAGAACCUUCUUAUGCUGAUACCUUUUCUUUCUUUUUCUCUGUGAACAAAGGGGACCAUGUCUGAAAGCCGGAAAUGCUGAAAUGGAAAAGAUUUUUCCCAAGGACAUGAAGAAACUGCUUCACUCUCCUCAAUUUGUUCAAAUCAGACUGGUCUCCAAGGGGGGAGAAAAUAGGUCGUCAGUCUUCAUCAAGUACCCCAUUAACACCCUACCUCUCUAAUCUAACCAAGGCAAGGAAAACAGAAGGAAAUAACAGGUAGAGCUACAGUGGAAAUCUAAAGUUACUCCAGCAGAAUGGAAGGCAUAUGAAAUAAGUAUUUGUUCCCUGAAGGCUUCCAUUAGCAAAGAAAAUGUUUAUUGAACACAUAAUUCCAGAAUAUAUGUUAUUUUUAAAGUUAUUCUUUAUUCAUAUUCCUUUGUAACUAGUAAUUUGUUUUCUAAAUUGUUUUUGACUCUGUAUUCCACUUUGUCUCUUAUUUUUGGCUGUAGCAAAUUCUGUGCAGUAGAUUAAGGAAGUAUCAAACAUGUUUACCUGCUGAGAUGCAAAUUCCCUCAUUCAUCAGUGGGAUGACAAGAAAAGCCUUCAUGAUAUCAACAAACUAAUUAAUGGAUGCUAUAUUAAUCUUGACCUUAGUUCACUUUUCAAAGUACAAAAUUGUAAAUUCUUACACUCAAAAAGAAAAUUCAUAAAUCAAGCAUCCAUCUUGAAGAAGAAUAUAUUUUUCACUACUGUGGAUGAUUACUUAAAUUUUACCUGUAUUUCUAAGAAAACUUGAAACAGAUCAUAAAAAAUGUUUGGUUUAGAAAAGUGGAACUUCAUCUGGUUGCUGACAAGCAAUUGUUCAGAAUGCAAGAAGAAUAAUUUGCGGAUACUUCUUUUUUUUUCCCCAAUAAAAAAAUGCUUUACAGUCUGGAGCUAAAAAUUCAGGGGCUGUAUGUGCAUAAACUUUUCUCAUAAUCUUCAUAAAAUAUGAUGCUUUUACACUGCAUUAUAAAAGAUCUGGCGCUUACUUUACAGCCACAGAAUUCGUUAUCCAUCUAUGUCUAUCUGGAUUACAUUGCCUGCUACUUUGCUCAUAUUAAGUGUUUCCACACCGGUGAUGAUGCAGUCUCUUACUCUCUAGGUCUGCGUGACUUUUAGGAAGAGAUCCGUGUUGGUCUUUCAGUAAGGGACAAAGUGAUUUUGUAUUAAGACAAAUGCAGAUGUAAUUGGCAAAAUUGAUUAGGAGCAUUGUUACUCCUCACAAAGUAUAUUGUAUUGAAAAUGCCACCUUUCCAGUUUUAUGAACUUGGAAUUUCCUGUGGUGACAAAUAGCCUUGUCGGAAAAAAACAAAGCUAGUGUAGGAUAAAUACGGUUUUCCUUUGCAUAACCAUAGUGAUAAAAAGAGUUAUAUCUACAUAGCAAAUAGUAUGUUAAUUUAUCACACUAGUUAAUUUGAAAGAAUUUCCCUGUUGGAUACUGGUUGUGCUAAAAACAGGAAGAAAUAUAACAAGUGGUAGCAAUGAAUCAGUAGAAACUUCAAAGGAGAAAAGCUUCCAUUUUCUUGUUUGAAAUAAAAUUGAUUAGGCUUUAUCAAUAAUAAUAUAGUAUUUUUCAUUGUCAAAUUGCAGUUGAGUUCUGACAUUUACGUACAGCCCCCUCCUUUCCCACUGCUGUCUUCUGACUUGUGAAUGUCUGUCAGUGAAGAUGCAUGCCCGUGGCAUUAUAUAGAGAGAGCUUAGCAUAUGUGCCACAGCUGCCUUGGUCUGGAGUGCUGAGGCAGGAUACUGCUUGUGCCGACCAGCACCUAGUCUGGGGUGCUGAUUAUAACAGCCUUUGGAGCAUGAAAGAAUUGAGAUCAGCUACUGGGGACACAACUCGCUUGUUUAAGGUCCAAAAGUAAAAACAGAGAACUUUUCUAUUCUGGUUGUAAUCCAUGCUGGAACUACUGAGACGCAUGGAGCGCGUCUUGUCUUUGGUACUUAAGUUCUUCUGUGUCAGUGGUGGUAUUUCUUUGCAGUUUGAUCAAACAAGUUUGCUUUUCUAAAGCUGUGGAAAAGCAAAGGGCAUAGCUUCCUAUCUGUUAGUCUUCAGUAGUCACCAUUGCAGAGAAUGUUUAAAAAAAAAAAAAAUUUUAAAUGUUUGUGCCAGCUGUUCUGAGUCUUCUGAGUUUAGGCUCUCAUAGAAAGAACAGGAUUUUUGGUUUGUAAUCUUUGAUAUGCAGAAUUAAUUUUUGUGAUGCAAGUAAGUCUUGUAGACUAUAACCGACUGCAAAUCUUUUUGAUCUUGUCCUAUGACUCACUGUUGAACAGAAAUGUCUGUUUAGUUCCCAUGACAUUUGCUCUCUGCCAAGAAUCUGAAUGAACAAAUAUGAGAGAUUCCCAAAGCAAAAACUAUGAGGACCUAUAGACCCUCCACUUCCCCACCCCCAAAAAUCAAUCAAAACAAAAAAUAACUUUACAUUCUCCCUUCAUACAGGGGUAUAGAAUUUUUUAGUGUUAGACUGAUCCUCAGUCACAAAUGGCCUUUCUCAGUCUUUAUUUUCAUUGGUUAGAGUUACUCUCAUAACCUGUCACUGAGGUGAGUCCAGUGCAAUUCCAGAGCUCCCAGGCUUUUAAGACAAGCCCUGCCACAACUUCACAUUUUCUAGUGAGAAUCCUAAUCCUUUUCUUUAUUCAAAGAAAAUAGUGUUGAAAUGUUUAAGGGAAACUGAACUCUGCUUGGUCUUCUAACACUACCCACCAACAAACACCCCUAAUAUCUGUGUUGCCUAGCAUAGGUCUCUGUCUUAAACAUUGUGUCAGCAACAUGUUACUAGUGACAAAAGAAGAUACCACACAGAACUGAUUUGUGGUUUGGUGUAAAUGUUCUCAUUCUUUCUAAUUAUUGUCUGUACUUAUUGUCUCCCAAUUUCAGAUGUGCUUCUUGUAUAUUCUGCUGAAAUAUUUUUAAAAUUUUUUUUUAUUUUUUCUUUCAGUGGAAGUUAUGCUGUUAUGGCUUAAUGUCAAGAUUUAUGGGAGUGAUGAAGUGCUGUAAUUAUUCAGAACUGUGUUGCCACUUACUCGUAUUUUAUUUGCAGUAGGGGUAGAGCAGAACUGACCAUGUACUCAUUGCUUUCUUCUCAGACACUACAAAAUAGACCUGUUAGAUUUCUGCGUAAUGGAACUAACUAUAUUAUCACUACUAAGCCAUUGUUUCUGCUUAGUACUUUAGUAACUUUAAAUCCCCAGGCUUCAUUUUCACAGUUUUUCUUCCAAAGGUUGAAUUCAGACAGGCUCAACUCAUAUGGAGCUUAAACAAAGCUCUUUCGAAAGUCUCUUUAUUUAAUUAACUUAUUCCAAGUGCAUUUAAAAGAUUUUCACAGAAAUGUAUGGCCAAAUAUCAACUCCUUAAUACUGAUUUAUCCAAGAAAAUUAAUUCCUGAAGUGAGCAAAAAUUGUGCAGCUGUUUUCAAGCCAUUGCCCAUCAGCUCUAAAACAAGCUCAAAUGGCAUGUUAAAUGGAAUUACAAUGAGAAAAGUUAACCUGGGUCUAAUGUAAAAGACCAUACUGAGGAGGAAGCAACAAUUUUGUUGGAAAAGGAACUCUUCUUCAUUGCAGUUUCCUUCCUUUAGAGCUACAUUUCUUUCUUUUUUCCUCAUGAAAAUCAAUUUUUCUUGUUUAUUAUGACAACUCAUGAAAGAGCUCAGUGCUUCUCGGCAUUGAUGAAAAAAUCAAAUUAAUUUAAUGCAUCUUCAUCUUCACUAAUGAUAACAUUAAAUUAGAGAAUUUUCAGUUUAGUAUCUGAGUUAAUGAGAGUUGGUUUCCAUGAAAGAAAGCAAAAGAUGUCUGUAAUUGUUCCACUCUAAAUUAAGUUUCCCAAUCAAAUGCAUGUGAGCAUCUACUCAUUAUUCAGCAAUGUUUUGUACAUCUAGAGUCAGUGUGAAAAUUAGAAGACGAAGUUAAUGCCAUUCUUGUCUGAUUGUUGUGUGUUAGUAGUCCUGAUUAUACAGUGAUGCCCACUCAGAGACAAUAAGGAAUUAGAACUUAGAUGUCAUUUCACAUAAAGAAGACAUGCUAUACAUUGCAUUUUUCUAUGAAAGUGUUAAUUGGCUUAUAUUUUAACAGGUGUUAAUAGAUUGGUAAUUUUGUUGUUGUGGCUGGAUCAGUCAACAAAUAAUCAGAGCCAGUAAGAAUUAAUAUAUUUAAGAGUAAAUGUUUAGGCUUUUUGUCAUGAUACCAGUUGCCAGAGGACUAAACCAUGCUUCAGAAAUAAUAAUUUGUGGAUCCCAGAGGAUGUUUGAGGCCUGGUUCCCGUCUCCAUCUCUCAGUUAAUGGUGUAUUUAGGUCAGAAUCCUUAGUACUCUCUGAACCAAUUGUUGUAAUUGUCAGUUGUACUAGUUGACUCAGAUAUGGAUAGAGGUUCCACAAAGCUUUGUUCAGGAUAUAGAAAAAAAAGUCCUGGGUUGAGUUGUAGGAGAACCUAAAUAGUCACACAUAUAUGUUAAAUUGAGCUAGUAGCUAAUUAUUUAGUUUGAAUUUAGAACAGGUUCUAAAGCUCCAAAACUAAAAAAAAAAAAAUAAUUCUGUGCAGGCAAGUGUAAAAUGCUAUCAUCGUGGUAUGGAAGAAUGCUGACUCUGUUUUAUGGUUGCUUAAAAAGUGCAAAUGUCUAAACAAGGUAUGGGUGAGCAGAUGCAAAGAUGGGGUUUGCCCUGUUGUUCAGUAUUGGCAACUUAACUGUAGUGAGGUUUACAAAAUAGAGCAAGUUGAAUGCUCAUCUCAAAGACAGGGAUGCAGUCCAAAGAACAGACCGAUAUUCCUCCGAGCUACCUUGUAUGCCAUAGCCUUCAUAUGACUUCUGUUAACUGCUCAAAAAAUCCCUGCAAACUUUUUUCUUUGUCCCUUCACAAGCUUUCAUUGCAAAGCUCUGGCUGAGGUAAUGUCGAAAUCCCACCCGUAUUCCAUGAUAGGAUCUGGGUCUGUGUUUGAUUUUGAAAAUGCUUACCAGAAAAGUAGUUUUAAAGUCACCCUACAGCUUUUCUUAGAUAAGGCCCAAAUUAAGAACUGUAGUAUAAUAUAAGGAAACUACAGGUAUCUGUCAUGUACCAAUAGACUGACUGCUAGUACAGCUAAAUACCAGUUUUAUAAUACUGUAUGUGUUUAAUUACUACGAUAUAUACAAAUGGUGGAAGGAAGUAGAGAGUCAGCCCCACACACCCCUGGCAUUAGACAUUAUCACCCAACCAGACAUCAGAGAAUUUCUUCUUUUCCUGUUCCUGCCAGCCUAGUAGAAUAAUACAACUCAGUGUUCUGAAAAAAAGUUGUAAUUGAUUCAUUACAUAAACAUCAUGGGAAUUGAACUUCAGAUUACUUCGGCUAAAAAUCUGAAUGAGUGGUGACUUCACCUUGCACAGGUGUAAACGUGCCUCUCCAGUGCCUCCUGCUACUCUAGGCCCUGGGCUGUGGUAGGGAGGAGAGCUGCACUGUUGGUGCAAAGAACUUUUCCUCAUUAGAACUUUGGCUCAUCUAUUUCAUAUUUGUCAUCUUGGCACCUCUACUCUCUUUGUGCAGAUACUCAUCCUCAGUUAAAAGAAGGUAACCUAGGUUUCAUGAUUUUCAGAAUUAUCCAGUGACCCCUAGAAACUGGCAGACAGACAUCAACAACCUCAGUCUAUAUUAAGUAGUCUAAGGAAUUACAAAACUGACCUGUAUGGUCUUUUACGGCAAAUGCUGUGUGUCCGAAAGGUGCCAGGUAACUCAUGAAAUAUUAAGUUAGGCAGUAUUACUGUUCAGAUGAGGGUUUGUGCAUCUAAAACUAUGUGCCAUGUAAUCCCAGUGAAUAGUUGGUUAUUGCAGCUUCUUUCUGUAGAGGAAGAAGGGAACCUGCACACCUACCAGAAAUCACUCAUUUCCUUUGUAUUAUUUUUGGUCUAUAUCACCUACCUGUUGUGUCUGUACUCCUGAGCUAUAGUUCCUGGGUGAUUUAUGGUUAAUAACCUAGAAUCCGAUAAAUAUGUUUAACAGUAGAUGUUAAGAAGUUUUUGUCUUUACAUAAAAAUUUUAGAUUGUGCUUUUGAAGCAUGGUCAGGCCACAGAAUUGUUUUUUUGGCAUCUUAUAUAGCUGUCUGUUGGGUUUUUUAGUUAUUUUCAGCUGCUAAAAGAUAGUAGAAUUCUUCACAGGAAUUUCUCAUAGAGAUUUGUCAUGAUGAGAAAUGGCUUUUGAAGCCAUCACGGUGAGUUCACUGCUGGAAAACAGGGAUGGAUUUCUUCUGCUUUCUACAGGUCAGGAUCACAUCUGGGUCAUUCUUAAAUUUGUUUAUGCCAUUUUUAAUAACAGAAGCAUUGCUGUUGCAUGAUUUGGAUCGAUUUCAGGAAUUAUGUCACAUUUAUUUUGAGAGGUAAGUGCUUUGAGUGAAUGUUUUUAUGCAGUAAUACAGAGUUCAUGGGACUUAGAUGAUUAGAUUAGAAACAUACCACUGGAGUUGCAAGGAGCAGUCUGGGGGAAAGAUUAGUAUGGAUUUACAUAUGUGCAUAUAUAGCUAAGAAAAUGUAUGUGUUACUGAAGUCAAAGUGACUUUGCAAAGAUGUGUUUUACAUGGGUUUUUUGUUUAUUUGUUUUUUUUAUUUAUUUAUUUGGGGAAUUUUGUUAAAGAAUGUAUCAUUCAUCUGAAUGUGAGCACUUAAAAAAAAAAAACAACCAAAACACAGGGAGCUAGCCCUUAGUAGUUUUUAUGGGAAGAGCAACACAAAGAUAUGGUUCUUGUGGUCUGAGCUAGUUUUGUUUGUCUCCAGUCCUCACAGCUCUUUUUUCCUACAUCCUUCCCCCAAUCUGUUUGUUAUCCCUUUUCCUCCCUACCUAGCAUCGUAUCACUACUGCUGUGGUGUUCCCUGGAACUUUUCUCCUAAUAGUGAUAUAUUAAGGAUUUGGGAUUUUUAAAAAUAUAUUAUAUUUUUACCUCUUUUUCAUAUGCUGAAUAGAGUACCCUCAUCCCCCUUCAUUCACAUCAGACUUUAAAGGCAACUACCGCGAGGCUGUCAAGUGCUAGUGAGUAAAAUUUAAAUUUGGCUGUCUGUGGAUAUGGGAAAUACAUAUCCUUUUGGAGCUUGUACUUCCAUAAUCUGUUUGUUACCCUUUAGAGAAAAAUCAAUAAGAGGUUUUCAGUUGACUUGAAUAGUAGGUCAGUCUUUGUGUAGGCUUAUCUAAGUUCAGUUUAAAUAUAAAUUUAAGUAUUUCUCUCUCACCAUGAUGCACCAGAUAUGCACUCAAUUUGUUAGCUGUGCAUUGCUCAGUGUGUUGGAUGUACAAAGGUAUUGUUUUCUAAAUAAACUGCAUCAUCAAAAGUAAACCUUGAAAGAAUUUGUAACUAUUCAGUGUUCCUGUGUGAAAGUAUUUCAGCUGUUUGGAGAUUCAAACAUCACACUGAGCACAUGGACUCAUUUUGAGAAGUAUAGCAUUACUUCACAAUUCAGUGCCCAUGUCUAUUAACCUUGUUCAAUAUCUUGUAAAAUUUUCUUUCCUUUCUGCUUUGCUCAAUUUAAUUAUUAUCAUUGGUUUUCUUUCUGAAGUAAAUGUUAAUGUUGUUCCUUCAAAGAUCAUAAAUAUAAGGAGCUGGGCUAAAUUAGAAGUUCAGCUUUUAAUGAACUUCACUCAUUUCUAUCCUUGCUCCUGUUUCUUGACAGUAGUUUAAAGCUAUAUGGUUAUACUCACCUCUGUAGCAAUUAUCAUUGUAUCUUGAAAGUUUUGUGCAUUAAAUCCCCUUCCAGCUUUCUUAUAUUUCUUAAACAUAGAGUGGUUCCGAACUACCUCAGACCUUGUGAACAGGUACAAAUUUCAGCUAAAGUUUUCAGACUUUAUCGUAGUCUUUGAAUGUUAAGUCCAUGUAUAUGUAGCCUGCCAGACCCUGACUGCAUUUUCAGGAAUGCUGUCUCAAGUGAGAUACAUAACUGGAAUGAAUUCACAGUCACACCUAUUCAGGCUCAUACUGAUACCUCUUUCAAGAAAAACUUUUCAGGAGCUCAACUUCCGAUAUGGGAAGUGCUUCAACUUUCUGGUUUCAGCUCUUUGAAGGAACACGAUAUUGCCUGCACUGGACUACUUUCACCUCUCCUUUACUGUGGCAACCAUCAUAAAAAUUGCGUUGUCAGACUUCUAUUCCUGGCUGUUAGCAGGAGCUGUGCUAGUGCAUUGGACUGUGCUCAUCAAAUGAGAAUAAACCCCACAUCACAUGUUCUGAUGACCUUGAUAACAUUUUAUACCACAGUGGAUACACAUUGCCAACCAUUCAGGCUAAUUAGGUUUCAGGUAAAAUGGUGGUUGCAGAUUAUGCUGCAGUGAUCCAAUCAAUAACUUUGGGAAUUGUCUGGUUUUGAAAGUUACACAUUAAACAACCCAUCAGACCUUGUUAGUAGUGAAUUCCUUUUCACCAGCGGACAUGCACAUCAUCAAACGAGCAUUUUGUAACAUGGAAUUUUCUAUGAGCAUCUAGAAAAGGAAGUAUCACAAUUCCGUCCUUAGUAACAAUGUGUGUAUUUGUAAUGAAAGUUAUAGAAUUAUUAAACUGCUACAAGCUAUUCUGUGCAUGCUCUAGCAUUGUAUUAACAGUUUGUAUUAACAGCUAAUAAGCAGAGAGUUCUGGAGAGCAAGGAAGGCUGGCUCUGGAUUUCUUUUUUAGGAGUUUCAAAGAGCAGCAGAACUCAACAGUGGAUGCAGGACCAGACAACGCUCAAAGCAAAUCAUAAAGUGAAACUGUUGUGCUUUGUAUUUAUUUCUUUGGGCAUUUUUCUUUAAAGUAUUUAACUUCACAGGAAAAUAUAGAAUGUAUUUAAAAUAGCAACAAUUAGAAAUACACCUUUUCAAGAAUGAGAGGGGUGUGAUUUGGGAAAUAAAGUGAUCUUUUGUGUUUAA